UCCAUCGCCUCCACCUUUCUUGCUUGUGCCACCAAGCUACCUAUCUCCUUCGUCUCUCUCUAGCUAGAGCUUCAGUACGUUAGUUCUUCCUCUCGAUCUUCAGUCGAUCAGCUGCAAGCAUGGUGGAGACUACUGCUAAUUCCCUCGUGAAGUCGGAGCAAGAUGGCGUAGGCCUGUUCUUGCCUCCAGGCUUCAGGUUCCAUCCCACCGAUGAUGAGGUAAUUUUAAGCUACCUCCUGCAGAAAUUCCUCAACCCUAGCUUCACCUCCUUGCCCAUCGGCGAUGUCGACCUCAACAAGUGCGAGCCAUGGGAUCUUCCAAGCAAGGCGAGGAUGGGGGAGAAGGAAUGGUUCUUUUUCGCCCACAGGGGCAUGAAAUACCCAACAGGCCUGCGCACCAACCGGGCCACGAAGGAGGGCUACUGGAAGGCCACCGGCAAGGACAGGGAGAUCUUCAAGCCUAGCAGCAAUGGAGGUAGCAAGCAGCUGGUUGGGAUGAAGAAGACGCUGGUGUUCUACAAGGGCAGGGCUCCCAAGGGCAGCAAGACCAACUGGGUGAUGCACGAGUUCCGUCUCCACGCCAACCUCCACAACCACAACCCAAACCUACGUCUCAACCCCAAGGAUGAGUGGGUUGUGUGCAAGGUGUUCCACAAGAAGGGAGACGAAGCCACGCAGAUGCAGGCUACUACCGUGGAGGACGUCUCUGCCGGAACCCCCAACAACGGCAGCUACGUCGAAGCCAACGACGACGUCAUCGCCGAUUACUUCUUUCAGCUGGACUCCGUCGAUCCAAGCAUCUACUUCAGCAGCCCUGCUGCCAGCAGCAGCUUGUCGGCGCCGCCGGACAACGACGCGGUGCCGUACAGUUCCGUUGCUGCCAACGGUGCAACUCCGACGACGACUAGUACUACUAAUGGUAGCUUCCAGCUGCCUAACUACAGCGUGAGUGGUGUCUCCUCUUGGAAUAAUAUGCCUACGCCUGGAGCAGCUGCAGGAGUAGUACUCCAUGGCCAUGGAAGCAGCUACAGCUUGCAGCACCAGGCAGCAAUGGUGAAAGCCCUAGAAGAUGUCAUUCGUGUCCCGGAUUUUGGUACUGUACAGAUGCCGAGCAGCAACAAGGGUUUACCAACAAGGUCGGCGACGGCUGGAGCUUUGCAGCAGAAUUAUCCUCUUGGCAUGCCGCAUUACAAGCUACAGAACUAUGGGGAUACUUAUCUACGGGACAGAUCGUAAUAGCUAUCUACUUCUACUGCUGUUGCUGCAUGCUGCUAGCUGUUUACUGUGUGCUGAUGAUUUUGGUUUACUGAAUUGAUCGAGCAUGGACAUGCAUACGAUUUAUUAGGAAUAUAUAUAUAUGAGCAACUUUGUUGAUUGCUUCAUUGCUUAGUUCGUAGUUAAGUAGCUAGCUUGAGAGAUCAUAUCUAUACUAGUACUCCGUUUGUUUAAUUUGGCCCCUUUUGUAUAGAGAUAUAUCAUGACCUUGUUUUUUUGUCUUUUUUUCAUCAGUUUUAUGUUUUUUGGUGACUCUGAUUGAUGAUACAUGUUCUUA